AUGGAGCCCCAAUAUGUGUGUUUUGAAAAAUCUCCCUCGGAUAGAGAUGUCCAUGGCAACUUGGAAAUACCAAGUCGGGCAGAUUAUGUGCUGGACAGAAAUGGGGUCAUUCGUGUAACUGACCGAGACAGAAUCACAUAUGAAUUGAUAGCCUCAGUAAGGGCAGAUCAGAGGCGUUCUCUGAGCUUUUGCACUGCGUCUUCAAAUCGGCAGAAAGAUAAUCUUAAGGCUCUGUUCAUUUAUGAUGAAGAUAAGGAGACUAGAUUUGAGAAGAUUAAAACUGGUCCUCCUAGUGAUGUGAAAAUUUUGAUUAUGGGCAAUGACUUUUGGAAGAGAG